AUGAAAGUUUUCUUUAAUCUUUUUUUAAAGGGUUAUCGUGACAUCGGCCUUACUUUCUUACUUGUACUUGGUGCAGAUCUAUGUCUUCCAUUAAUUGAUACCAUAACUAAAUCACAUUUCAAUUGUCUAGCGUAUAAAUUUUCAUCUGAUUUAUCAACAAAAUCAAUUACUAUUGUAUUUCAUAGUGAAAGUAUUUCAACAUUACCUAAAACAUUAACAAGUAUUAUUUUACGAAAUGCAAUAAAAUAUAUUCAUGAAAUAAUUACGGCUGAUGAUGCUAUAUUGUUUUUAUGCAUAGAAGGAUGGAAUAGCAGUUUUCCAGCAGCAUGA